UCAAAUUCCCCAGCUUGCUUGCGUCCAUCCUCCGCCAGCUCGCUUUAAACCCAAAACCCCGAAUCAGCGUAGGGUUUGAUUUUUUCAGUCGUCUCCAUUUUUAUUAAUUUUUUAGAUCAAUUUAUCAAUAUGAGUGGAGAUCAAGUGGUUUUUUCUACUAACGCCGCAGCGGCGCCACUGGGUCACUCGGUGAUUCCGACGGUGAACAAGCUGCAAGAUAUCUUCGCCCGGGUCGGGAAAGAACCCACAAUUGAGCUUCCGCAGGUGGCGGUGAUUGGAAGCCAGAGCAGCGGGAAAUCCAGCGUCUUGGAGGCACUAGUUGGCCGUGAUUUCUUGCCCCGGGGCAAUGACAUAUGUACGCGCCGUCCGCUAGUGCUACAGCUCGUCCAGACCAAGAGGAAGGCUGGCGGGACUGAAGAGGAGUGGGGGGAGUUCUUGCAUUUACCGGGGAAGAAGCUAUUUAAUUUCGACGAAAUUCGCAAGGAGAUUGAGGCUGAAACAGAGAGAGAAGCUGGAGGAAACAAAGGCGUUUCAGACAAGCAGAUUCGUUUGAAGAUUUUCUCGCCAAAUGUUCUCGAUAUUACUCUAGUGGAUUUGCCUGGCAUAACAAAGGUCCCUGUUGGCGAUCAGCCUUCUGAUAUCGAAGCACGUAUUAGAAAAAUGAUAAAUUCAUACAUUAGACCUCCAAGUUGCUUGAUAUUAGCUGUUACACCCGCAAAUUCUGACUUGUCUAACUCGGAUGCUCUUCAACUGGCUAAAACUGCUGAUCCUGGGGGGUCUCGAACAAUUGGUGUAAUUACUAAGUUGGAUAUCAUGGAUAGAGGUACUGAUGCUUGCAAAAUUCUGCUUGGAAAAGAUGUUCAUCUUCAACUUGGUUACGUAGGUGUUGUGAAUCGUAGUCAAGAGGAUAUUCAGAUGAACCGCAGUAUCAAAGAUGCUCUUAUAGCCGAGGAGAAGUUCUUUAAUAGUCAUCCGGCAUAUAGGGAUCUUGCAGAUCGUUGUGGGGUUCCUCAGUUGGCAAAGAAGUUAAACCAGAUUCUGAUACAACACAUCAAGACAGUUCUUCCUGUAUUGAAGUCACGAAUUAGUACCGAACUGGUUUCUGUUGCAAAGGAGCAUGCUAGCUAUGGAGAGAUUUCCGAAUCAAAAGCUGGUCAGGGAGCAUUGAUACUGAACAUUCUUUCAAAAUACUCUGAAGCAUUCUCUUCGUUGAUAGAAGGAAAAGAUGAAGAAAUAUCAACUUCUGAACUGUCUGGUGGAGCAAGAAUCCACUACAUCUUCCAGAAUAUAUUUGUGAAGAGCUUGGAGGAGGUAGAUCCAUGUGAGGGUUUAUCUGAUGAUGACAUCCAUACUGCCAUCCAAAAUGCUACUGGCCUUAAAUCUGCAUUGUUUAUACCACAUGUUCCAUUUGAAGUUCUUGUUAGGAGACAAAUAGCUCGUUUGUUGGAUCCAAGUCUUCAAUGUGCUCGGUUUAUUUAUGAUGAGCUAGUAAAGAUGAGCCAUCGUUGUAUGUUGAAUGAAUUGCAGAGGUUUCCUGUCCUGAGAAAGCGCAUGGAUGAGGUUACAGGAAACUGUUUACAAGACGGCCUUGAGCCAUCAGAGACAAUGAUAGGACACAUUAUUGAAAUGGAGAUGGAUUACAUAAAUACAUCGCACCCAAAUUUCAUUGGUGGUCGUAAAGCUGUAGAGGUGGCACGACAGAUGACCUCCAGGGUCGCUGCCCCAGUUGCUAGGCAGAAGGAUGCAGGAGAUUCAGAGAAAUCACUGAACUCCGAAAGAACUGCAAAAUCUCGUGGAAAUCUUCCUGAGCAGGGUGUUCGACCUGUGGCAGAUGCUGGGAAAACUGCCCCAUCUGGAAACGGCACUUCUGCAACAUGGAGAAUAUCAUCAAUUUUUGGUGGGUCUGAUAAUCGAACAUCCGCUAAAGAAAAUUCAAAUAUCAAGCCAGUUAGUGAACCUGUUCAGAGUAUGGAGCAUUCUGUUUCAUUGAUUCACUUGUGCGAGCCCCCAAUCGUCCUGAGGCCCUCAGAGACCAAUGAUCAUGAGGCCAUUGAGAUUGCCAUUACGAAGUUAUUAUUAAGGUCAUAUUAUGACAUUGUUCGGAAGAACAUUGAGGAUUCUGUACCUAAAGCAAUUAUGCAUUUUCUGGUUGCACACUUUUCAAUAGUUCAUUAUGCAAGUCAUAUUAAUGAAGAAGUUCUGCAUUCACCGGACUAUCGUGUAAACCACAUGAAACGAGAGCUCCACAAUGUUUUCAUCAAAAAGCUUUACAGAGAAAACCUUUUCGAAGAGAUGUUACAGGAGCCUGAUGAGGUAUCCAUGAAGAGAAAGCAUACCCGAGAGAGACUUCGUGUUUUGCAGCAAGCUUUCCGGACAUUAGAUGAAUUACCACUUCAAGCUGAGACGGCAGAGAGUGGCUUAAAUACAGACCCGACAGGCCUGCCAAAGAUGAAUGGACUUCCAUCAUCGUCUUCGUAUUCUUCAACCAUUAGUUCAAGCGAAUCAUAUACUGCUUCUCCCAAAAAUCCAAAGAUCCGGAAGUCAUCGCAUUCUGGGGAGCUGAACUCGCCAUUCUAUUCUAAGCCAGAUUCUAGCGGUGGUGGACGCAACUCAGUUCUGGGUCUUUAUCCUACUGUUGAUAUUUACUGAUUGGAAGAAUGCAUUCGACCAAGUUUGUCGAGAACACAUGGAUUUGAUGACUCUCUAUCCUGCUUUCUUUCAAGAGGUGGCUCCUACUCUUGGAUCAGGUGCAAUAGAGAGUUAGUAUUCUAGUGACACGAGCUUUGUUUUUUGCAUACCCACACGCAUGCAUAUUUAUAUACAAAUGUCAAAGUAUUGCUUUUAGAAGCUCCAACAAAUUUGGAGCCAUUGCUAUCUUUCUCGGAUGAUUUGGCUGUUGCCUUUUAUUGUUCUUAUAAUAGUGUAUAUGUUUGAGAAAUUGUGUAAUUUUAUCCAAGUAUAUUUUUCACAGCCAGAGCAUUCAUUAUCAGCAAAUUUGAACAAUUCCUGAGUUGGGUUUAAUUUGUUGUAAAAUUUAAUUUCU